ACAAAAGAUGAUUUUACUUACGACAGCUGUAAAGAACAUUUUGCGAUAUCAAAAUUCUUGGAAAACCUUAACUCCGAUACUACUGAUCAUCAAUGGGUUAUCGCGGGUGAAAAUAUUUCAGUAAAGGAGUACGUCUCUGGUGGGCUUCAUACUACAACCAAACAACAAAUAUUCCUUUUAAACCUUUACUUUUUCCAAACAACUUCCAUUAAGCAACAAGUACGAUCAGAAGAAGUUAAAAAAUUCUGGCUUGAUAUUGAUCUGGAAAAGGCUGAGUCUGAACGGAAAUUAGCAGUGAUUAUUCUGGAGCAGAAGGAAAUUGAGUUAAAACAAAAAGAAAUUGAUAUAAAAUUAUCCCAAGCUGAAUUCGUAAUAGAACAUUCUAAGGCAGGGAAUAAAGGACACAGUUUAUUAAAUGAUCAAAAAUUAAAAUAUGUUGAAAACCUUGGUAACGAUAAAGAAACAGAAUUGGAAGAGAAACCUUCUAUGAAGAAAUCAGCAAAGAGAAAGCCUGUAUGUUCUAAUGGUAAUUUGACCGAGACCGAGGACAAUGAAUACUUUCCUGAUGACGAUAACAAUGAUCUUGAUCCAGAGUCUUUCAACUCCACAUUAGAUCGUAAUAAUAAGAAGGCAAUCCACGACACCAUCUCCGAGACCAACGAGGCAGAUAUUAUCAUAACUCCACUAAAACCCGUUCUUUCCAAAAAAUCAGCUCAAUAUUUACGCGAUCAUAUAGAAAUAAAAACAAAUGAUCGAUAUGCAAUUAUAAAAACAGAGGAGGAUUCUAUACAAAUUCCGGGUAUCAUUUAUGACUGGCUUGUCAGAACACUUUCGACCAAUAAAGAAGAAUUUAAAACCGCUAUUAUGGCUCCAUUCAAACCUGAAGAAUUUAAAGAUCUAUAUCGUUUUCGACUUGUAUGUGAAAUGGUUCUGUGCGAUUUUUACUAUAUGACACAACAGGGUAGAUUGGAACGCAAUAUAGGCGAAAGAACCUAUACUGCAGAACGCAUUGUACCACUUUUCAAAGCAUUACAAUCGACAUACUGUGAAUAUAAGUUUCACUGGAUAGAGAUCCAAGUAAACAGUAUUAAGGAAAUGCAGAAAGCAUUUCCGAAUUUUGAUUUAAUUAUUAACAAAGCCGAUGGUAUUGGCAUAAAGGUCUCAAGUAAUCAUGUGGUAAUAUUUAUUGAGGUAUCCGGUGGCCCCAGUAAUCCUGAUAAGAACCAUAUAAAAGAUGACGCAGAGAAACUUUUAAAAGAAGCAACAUUCGGAUUAGUUUUAAUACUUAGAAAUUAUUUAGAUAAAUCUGCUGAAAUGGCAAAGAACGUGAAAGUUUAUACUAUACAAUGUAUUGGAGACAGAAUAACACUAUGCGACUUUUCGCUUAUUGAAAAAUAUCGUUAUAAAACUGCACAAAUUAAAUCUGCCCGAUUGCCAUUUUCUUUUGUUGAAGUCGCCGACUAUUUGGAGGAUGGACUUGAAAAUCAAACAAAAGAACUACACAAACUAAGAUUAUCUCCUAAUAAUUGUGUACCCAAAGUUAGAGACUGGCUUUGGGUCCCGGACACGAAAGCAACAUGGAUGGGCGGAUCGAUGACAUAA